GCACAGCCUGAGUCACAACUCACACAGGAGGAGGGGGGGGGGACGCUCAAACCUACACUAGUCACUUUGCUCAGGCACACUGGAUCCCAGCAGAUCCCAGGGAUCCCCCAGCUCACCGCUUUCUGGCCUUUUUGAUCUACAAGUCCAGCUUUUGCAUCAGACCAUGUGAGGGGAGCACUCAGAAAGAUGGCUGACAGCUCAGACUGGGUGGAAAUCAUUGAGCCACGCUCCCAGGAGCGAAUGUAUGUGAACCUCGCGACUGGAGAAUGUGGCUGGGAGCCCCCACUUGACGUGCCCGUUCGCCAGUCGGACAAGAAACAGUGGUGGGAGCUGUAUGACCAGCAGAGCAGUCGCUUCUACUACUACAAUGCACAGAACCAUCAGACAGUGUGGCAUCGACCCCUACAGUGUGACAUCGUGCCCCUGGCCAAACUACAGGCCGUGAAACGUGCCUCCCAGCCUGGCAUCUUAAGUUUAUCCAGACAGGAGCGGCUUAGCCAUCGUGGCAGCACUAGCAGUGAGGGUGGGCACACCUCUUCCGAAAUCCUAAUGCUUCAGGAUGCCUCACUUGAGAGGGACGGCGAGAAAAGAAAAGGGGACAGUGUGGAUAGCAGAAAGGAUUCUGGGAGAGAAAGCUCACAACGGUGGCAGCCGGCCCCCGGGACCAAAGCAGCCAUGUUGGUAAAGGUGAAUAGCCUAAGACAAGGCCCUACAUCCAUAUCCAGUGCAACGAAUCACAGCAGCAGCCCAAAACACGUAGUCCACAAACCCACAGCAUACGCACAGCCUCAGCCCUCUUUUCUGCAGCUGAAAACUAAUGUAGAUACCCAGCAAUCAAUGCAGAUCAAGAAGACAGACAAUGGAGGGUUUUGCCUUGUUAUGACAGUGGAUGGAGCCAAUAGCCAAACACCACAAAGGACUCCUACAGGGACAAUUCAGCCCAUGUCUCCCCGAUAUGGCUCUCCUCCUCCUAUAUAUGAUGAACCAUCAAUUGACUCACCCAUAUAUGACGAGCCACCAGUGGAAAUGGAUUUUGAAAGCAUGACUGUGCAUUCACUUUCUCCAUCACUGUCCCCUACUAAUAGCCUUCAAAACCAACCUCAGGUCACAAAACUUCUUCCCUACCCUGGCGUUCAUCAUAAACAUAAAAGGAACUCAUCCGCUACAGAGUACAGCCCAGCAGGCCGGGAAUACAUUAAACACAUGGUAAAUGUAGACCAGUCUUCUAAGCAAACUGUAUCCCCAACUGGAUCUCUUGACGUUCCUCCAAAGCCUGGACAUUUGGCUCUAAAAGACAGUUUCAAACAUUCAUGGAAGAUCUUGGAAGCUAACGUUCUCAAGAACAUGGAAGCGCACCAUAAUCGCCAGAACAGCCUUCCUCAGGACUACCCAACAGUGGUAAGCCAACAGGAUUCUGGCUACUCCACUGGACCUUCUCCAAGUGUGAGAAAGAGGAAAGGAAGGAGGCAAGGCAAUGUACAGAUAAGGCCGGGCUCGUUGGGCAGCAGCAGUGAGCUCAAUGCUUUGAAUGAUAAACUUAUAGCAGAAAUGAGGACAGUGGUGGGCAGGAACACGGCUGGUCAGGGUAGCAAAACCAGCUUGGACACCGAAAUGCUGGAACAUAGCAUUCCAGCAGAUGGAAAUAAAGUGAGGUUUCAGACAGAUGCCUUGAAAAAAGGCAGUGGGAGGGGCUCCAGAGAUGACAUGUCGGCCAGCAACAGGUCCUUGUACAGAGUUGGGCCAGAGAAUCGAGAAAAUAACCAAGGUGAAAUGGCUGUGCAACAGGAGGUUGUACGGCAAAAAAGGACUUAUGAGAAGAUAGUCACCAGCCAGAUCAGUUUGUUGUCCUCGGAAUCUGCAAGAACCACGUCACAGAGUGGAACAUUGGAGGCAAACCCCACAAGUGACGGACGUGGACAGCAAGGAUUUGGAUACCAGUUCCCUUAUACAACCUUGAGGAAACCCCUCUCCCAAACUAGUAUGGUGGACUGGGCCACUAAGAACCUGAACAUGCACACGCAGGGCAUCUUCCGCAGGAGAAUCUCCAUCUCCAAUAUGCUCUCGUGGAAUGGAGGCUCCAUCAAGAAGCCUAUGUUGAUCACCAGCAACAGAGUGAUCAAGAAGGAAGCCUGUGAAAUGUUCAAGCUAGUCCAGGUCUACAUGGGAGACCGUCAGGCACGGACAGACAGAAACCAGGUGGCACUGGUGCUAGUGACAAAAUGUUGGAGUAUGCAGGGUUUAAGGGAUGAAUUGUACAUGCAGUUAGUAAAACAGACCACCAAUAACAUGUCCUACAGGAGCUUGUCCUAUGGAUGGGAGCUCAUCGCUAUCAGUCUGGGAUUCUUCUCACCUUCACCAAAAUUUCAGUCCUAUUUGGAGGGUUAUAUCUACAAACACCUGGAUGAAGUCAAUGAUUUGAACAUAACCCAGAAAAUUCAUGAAGUUCAGGAACUGAAUACCAAGAAGAUCUCCAAAUCUCGAAAAAAGAGGAAGCAGAACGGAGAUGAAGAAGAAGGUUUACCCAUCAGCACCUACGCCAAGUACUGUUACCGCAGACUUCAAAAGGUGGCAAUUACUGGGGGAAAGAAGGGUCUGAGAAAGCCAACCAUUGAGGAGAUAGAGCAGGCCCGCAAUGCCAUCCUUACUCCAUCUUUGUUUGGGAGUUCACUGGAGGAGAUCAUGGAGCGGCAGCGAGAAGUCUAUCCAGAUCGACAACUCCCCUGGGUGCAGAUACAACUGUCCCAAGCAGUACUGGCACUAGGAGGGGAGCAGACAGAGGGAAUCUUCAGGGUGCCGGGUGACAUUGAUGAGGUGAAUGUGCUAAAAGUGCAGGUUGAACAGUGGAGAAUUCCUGAUAACCUUGAGGAUCCAACAGUUCCAGCUUCCCUCUUAAAGCUGUGGUAUCGGGAGCUGGAGGAGCCUCUAAUUCCCCAGCAGUUUUACAAGCAGUGUAUCAGUAACUACGAAAAUCCUGAUGCAGCCGUGUCAGUGGUACAUCAGCUCCCUGAACUGAACAGGCUGGUGCUUGGUUAUCUCAUCCAUUUUCUGCAGAUCUUCUCCCAGCCAUGUAACGUGGGCACAACAAAGAUGGACGUCAACAACUUGGCUAUGGUGAUGGCUCCCAACUGCCUGCGCUGCCAGUCGGAUGAUCCCAGGAUCAUAUUUGAAAACACCCGGAAGGAGAUGUCCUUUCUGCGCAUGCUGAUUGUGCAUCUAGACACCAGUUUUGUCAGAGGUGUGAUCUGAGAGGGGCAUUUGCUUCUCUAUAAAUAACACUUAUUUUUAUUCACGAGAGCGGGCAGGUGCACUUCCUCCAAGGACUCGUUGAUAAGAAGUUCUCAGGAUAUCUACAAGCAUUUUUUUUUUUUUUGCCUAUCUCUUUUCGCUCAAUACCACUUUAUAUAUAAAUAUUAUAAAUAAUCGGGUCCGAUGGAUAAGCUGUGUAUACAAUAAUAAGGCUUCAAAUGUGAUAAUGUUUGAACUGAGCAUCUCUCAGAAAUGGCCGACCCCUUAUUUCAAUCAGUUAGAUGAGCACUAGAACAUUUCAGGAAAUAAAUGUGACACUUCUUUUAGAAGCCAUGGGUAUGCUCCAUCUGCAAAGGGAAUUCAUCACACAAGAAGUUGUGCAAAAAGCGUGCUUUAAAUCCUUGCAGGGACUGCACCCCAAAUAUAUAUAUAAUAUAUUUUUAAUGCAUUUAGCUGUUUUAGGUUUAGGUUGUAAUGUUGCAGGGUCUCCACAGACAUGGCCAUACACUUCAGAGCAAGUGGCAUUUGGCAAUUGAUUCUUUGGAAUUAACAUUUUUCUAUGUAUUUUAUUUAUUGUUUGGCUUCCUCCUUGGGUUAUCCUAAACAUCGGCAGGAACUUCCUGCUCUUUGUGCCAAAUUGUGAUUGGAACCCUAAUUCUAACCAUGCUACAACCAAUCGGAAAUUGCCACAUCAUAGACAUAAGGUGGCCAUAGACGUAACAAUUACGAUCUUUCUUGGACAAGAUCUUUCCAAGAAAGAUCGUUCGUUUAGAGUUGAAUCGUCAGAUAUACAAGUAGAAACAAUAGAAUUCUACCUGUAUCUGACGAUUCAGCACUAGUGGCCGAUGUUUGGGUGCCGUCAAAGGCACCCGAUCAAAAUUUCCCGUCCAGUCUGAUCAACGAGCUGACCAAUACCCAAGUCUUCAGGCGAUAUCGGUCGGCUAUUUUUCCAACACACACACACCGAAUAUCGUACGAAAUUUCGUACAUCACCUGUUCGUCUAUGGCCACCUUUAGAGCUACUGUGAUGAUGCUGUUACGUUUAAUUGGUUGCUAGGGAGCUGUUUUUAUGGCUAAAUAUUUGGGGCAUCUUUUCCCUUUUACAUUAAUUAAGAUAUUAAUAUUAUUCGUUAUUAUUUUAUACAAAAUGUAAGUCAAAAAGAAAAAAUUAAAGCCAGAGUUGCAUCCA